ACCAUCACAUUAUAAGCAGUACCAUCUAAUCUGGCAUAUAUAAUCACCACAUAUUGAAUAAGAAAAUGAUGAUGAUGAUGGGGAAGAAGGCUACAGACAUGAAAGCUGCAGGAAGGACUGCUCUCAUCUUCCUCAUCGUGGUCGCUCUGUUUCUCGCUUCAGGCGACAACAACAGCAUCAUGGUGGGAGGAACAACUUGCAGCAAGAGGAGACACUCGCUUUCCUCCUCAGAGACCUGCUGCUCAAUAGCAGCUAGUACCGGAUUGAAGCUGCAGAAGCUGCUGAAAUUGAACCCGGGAAUCGACUGCGAAAGUAACCUCCAAGGCCAACUAAUCUGCAUUCAGGGCUAGCUAUUCCCCACUUUGGUUACAAUGUGCUGAUAUACCACUACUGCAAUACUCUUUCCUUUUUGCUUUUGGACUUGUAUCAGCAAUCAUCAUCAACGUUAUUACGUUUCUUCAGAAUGAUCGAUGUUUUGAGCUUUGUAGUUGGCUUCCCUAUGUUGCUGGUUUAAUUCUAAAGGUAAAACUCCUCUGGAGUUGUUUGCUGGGAGAGAUACCCCAUGUAUUUGAUGAGCUUGCUUAUCUUUCAUGUGAAAUUCUAUCGUAAUUCGAAAAAUCGUCUCAAUUAGGAUUGAGAACUUGGAGGCAUUUGCUCGUCUAACUACUACGAUUACUCUUAUCCGAAUUUACACAAGCAAUGUUGAUAAUCAAUGAUGUUGGCUUGUUACGAGUAGAAUAGGAGUAAUACUUGACUUGGAAUUAAGCGAACAAGGUCCU